AGGUCUCGGGCCCUCAGGCGGAGCGGCGGGCGCCGGACCCCCGGGUGGAGCGACAGGUCUCGGGCCCUCAGGCGGAGCGGCGGGCGCCGGACCCCCAGGCGGAGCGCGACAGGUCUCGGGCCCUCAGGCGGAGCGGCGGGCGCCGGACCCCCAGGUGGAGCGACAGGUCUCGGGCCCUCAGGCGGAGCGGCGGGCGCCGGACCCCCAGGCGGAGCGGCGGGCACCGAGUCACCAGGCACGACAGUGGGCUCCGAGUCAACUGGCAUGACCACUGGCACUAGGUCAGACAUUGGAUCGUCUGGCUGGACAGCGGGUAUCGGGUCACCAGGCAUCAGGUCAUUUGGCUCGACAGCGGGCACCGCGUCAUCUGGCAAGGCAGUGGGCUCCGAGUCAACUGGUAUGACCGCGGGCACUGGGUCAGACAUUGGAUCGUCUGACCGGACAGCGGGCAUCGGGUCACCAGGCAUCAGGUCAUUUGGCUCGACCGCGGGCACCGCGUCAUCUGGCAAGGCAGUGGGCUCCGAGUCA